AUGGAUUUGAUGAUGAGACCCUUUCAGUUUUAUCCUACUUAUGUUUUUGAUGAAACAAAGCAUGUAGUAGAUGUGAUUGCCACAAAAUACCUUCAGAAGGCAGCUGAUGAUACACAUCAUCUUGUGCCUGUUGAUGUUUUUGGCGAUGGAAAUUGUCUAUAUCACUCUAUCAUUGUGCUUAUGAACAAUCCAUUAGUGACCGCUUGUGAAUUACGAGUUCGAACAAUUGUGGAACUUGUAACUAAUGAAAAUUAUUAUCAAAAUACUUAUUCAAAAUUUGUGGGAUCUACUCAUGAUGCUAUUAGACUUGUAUGCAAAAAUUACAUGUAUUCUGAAUUGUAUGAAAUUGCCGCAUUAUGCAACCUACUUCGAUGUAAUAUACGAAGUAUCUAUCCGAAAAUCGAUUUUCGUGACGAGAUGGCUAAAUGGAAUGACGUCUUUACACCUAUUCCACCUGUUGCUGCCAAUUGUAGCAUUUCAAUUCUAUGGUCAAAUGCCUUAAAUGAAAAAGAUGCUCGACAUAUACACAAUGGCACGUGGAGAGCAAAUCAUUUUGUCCCACUUCUGUCGCCACCUAUUAUGAAUGAACAUAAUAACAUCAGUCAAUCAUCAUCAAUUAUUGUGACUCCUGAAAAGAAAACGAUAAAAAACAACGCUGCUACUCAAGUAAGAGUACCUGACUUUCAAUCUUCUCCUAGUAGACGUUUACGAAGCGAAAACAGCAACGGAAAUGACGUUGUUCAACCAAAUGUCUCACGCUCGAUGCAAAUGGAAAAGAAUGAUAAAGAAGAACGACGUCAAAUACAACUUCAAAAGAAAAGGGAACGAAGUCGAACUAGUCGAAUGAAUGAAACAGAAGAACAGCGGCAAUACCGUCUUCAGAAAGAUAGAGAACGAAACCGAUCCAUUCGACAAGGUGAGUUAGAAGAACAACACCAAAGUCGUCUUCAAAAGGAUAGAAAACGAGUACAAUCCAGUCGAAGAAAUGAAACUGAAGAGCAAUAUCGAAUUCGACUCGAACAACAGAAAAAACGAAGUAAAUCAACUAGAACGAAGAAACAACUUGAAAAACAAGAGAAUGACAACGUCGGCCAUGCAGACCGUUGUGUUCCUUCAUCUUGGCCUGAACCAAUUCCUCGUGAAUUGAAAGACACUUGUUUACAACAAUUUCUAAAACAAAUGUCCAUGUCAGAACUAGCUGAAGUUACAUGUGCAGUUUGCAAUAUUCGUACUUCAGAGAAAGAUGCGAAGAAAAUACCAGUUUCGAAAAUUCCUAAUAUUGAUUUACUCAAAGUAUCUGAACAACUCAAAAAUUUAAUGAAAAGUUCUGCCGAAAAUAUUUCUAUUUUCAAUGGUGAUGAUAAUAAUCAACAGACGACAUCGCAUAUUAAAAAUCAUCCAAAUUCUGAUUGGUCAUCUUUUGAUUGCGACAAUGAUAUUUUUCUAUAUAGAAAUGGUUUAUUCAAAACAAAUCGAGUACAGAUGUGUAUUCUUUGUCAGAAAUGUUAUACAUCUCUUUCCAAAGAACAUAUACCAAAGUUUUCACCUGCCAAUAAUAUGUGGUUAGGUGAUAUACCUACAGAAUUACAAGGCUUGACGAUUCCAGAAGAGAAAUUAAUAUCACUCUAUCGCCACAAUACCUGUCAAACAGCAUUGAAAGGAAAUUGUAUCACUUUCCUCCAAAAUGUACCGAAUAUUGUCAAUAGCUUGCCACUUGCGCUUGCCGAUCUAUGUGAUACAUUAAAAGUCAUAUUUAUUGGAGCUCGACCGCCUGAUCGUCUUCAUCUUAGAAGAGUUCUAACAGUUCGGAAGAAGAAAAUUAUUCAGGCAUUACAAUGGCUGAAAAAAAACAAUGGACUCUAUCAAAACAUCAAUAUAAAUCUCGAAAAUAUCGCUCAAUUACCGGAAGACGAUAUCCCGGAAUGCAUUAUGUCAAUUUUAGAGCAGAAGAUAGGCGACGAAGAAGCGCAGUCUGAAAGAACUGGAUAUGUUCCUGAUCCAUUAUUGAACCCACAAGAAAAUACUACUUCAAAUGUUAUACCUAUCAGUAACAGCGGCGUUCUCGAUGUCAAUGGCUCAUCAGUAUCAUCGGAUGAAAUCAAUGAUUACCUUUUGCAUAAGAUAAAACAUAAUGGAAAUAAUAAUGAAACAGGUGCCGAUAAUGUUUACUUAAUUCCACAUUCAUCUAAACCAGCCAAUGAAUAUUUCAAUCCAAGAUUAUUAACUGGUUUAUAUCCAACUCUAUUUUGCUAUGGACGAGGAGCACCUGAAGACCAAUCACGUUCAGUUGAAAUCAAAUUCAGAGAGCACAUACACUAUCUGUUGUCUUAUAAUGAUCGUCGGUUUGAAACAAAUCAUAGUUUCAUAUUUGUCGUCUUCAACUUAUUGCAAAGACGUGAUGCUUGUCUUCACGCUCGAUUAAUUGCCACACGGCCAUAUUUUCAAGCAUCUGCUAAUGAAAUUCAAUCCAUUAAAAGUAAAGAUAUUGAAAUAGCUCUCGGUAAUAAUAAUUCCAAAAGAACAUACACUACGGGAUCAAACAGUACAUUGAAUAAACUAUUGCAACAUAUAAAAACUGUGGGUGGUCGAGUUAUGGGAUCAGCAUAUUCAAGAACAGCAUUACGUACUCGAAUCCAUGCACUUAUUUUCAAUCAAGGUCUUCCCAGUAUAUUUCUUACAAUAAAUCCAGCUGAUAUUCAUAGUCCUGUAGCCCUAUAUUUUGCUGGUGUUCCACUUAAUCUUGACAGAAUUCAACAUGAACAACUUAUGGAUACUUAUCGAAGAGCUGAGAUUAUAGCAUCUCAUCCAGUUUCUACUGCCAAAUAUUUCCAUACAUUAAUUACCAAUAUCUUAGAUACUAUGAUCAUGGGUGGUGUUAUUGGACCAGUAAAAGCUUAUUUUGGUACUGUCGAAAGUUAA